CAGGAGUGAGCCGCGCGCUGCUGCUACGAGGCAGCAGAUCAGCUGCUGCCAGCAACGCCAGCAGCACACGGUCCACGCCCACUGCAGCAGAUGCAAAGUGUGCUGCUGCUGCUGCUGUUGCUGCUCCGGCGGCAGCAACUCGUGCUUCGCCGCUGCAGCAAAGACGCUGUGCUGCAGCAGCAGCAGCAGCAACGCCGCACAAUCUCCCCAGAGCCCCUUGCAUCCGCACUACAGGCUUUUCCCCACCCGUUUCUCCUGCAGUAGCAGCAGCAGCAGCUGCUGCUGCUGCUGCUGCACCCCGGCAGCAGCAAAAGGCGACGCCGCGGCCUAGGACUGCACGCAGAGCUGCUGACUGUGUGCUGCCGUCAGCAGCUGCAGCAGGUUUUGCUGCUGCAGCACGUCUUGAGGGAGAAGCUGCUGCUAGGGAGGGACAGGAGCCGCAGCAGCAAGCUGCUGCUGCUGCUGCUGCGCUCCUGCGGCGCCGGGCAGCAGCACCAGCACUUCGUCCAUUACCCUCCAGGACCCCAGCAGCUGCAGCAGCAGCAGCAACGGCAACAGCAGGAGCAACAGCAGCAAGAAGAGGCAGGGCUGCAUCAGUUUCUCCUCUCUCCGCAGCUUCGCGGAGGCCGGCUGGUGCUGCUGCUGCUGCUGCUGCUGCUGCUGCUGCCGGCGCUGCCCCCACGGCGCACUCAAGAGCAGCAGCAGCAGAAAGAGAUGAAGCUUCAGCUGCGCAAGCGCCUGGCCCAGGGAGAAGGCCAGCAGCAGUUGCUGCUGCUGCUGCAGCUGCUGCUGGCAGCACGAAGAGUCCCCGGCAGCUGCUGCAGGAAUCCCAGCAGCAGCAGCAACAGCAACAGCAGCAGCAGCAGCAGCAAAAUCGGUGGCGAGCAGCGACUCUCCGCAGCCGCAGUGUACAGACACCGAAGGGAAACGGCGCUGGCCAAGUGGGACGCGCAGCAGCAGCAGCAGCAGCAGCUGCUGCUGCUGCUGCAGCAACUGAAGCAGCAAGAAGGCCUGCAGCAGCAGGCAGAAUUUGA